AUGCAGUGCAGUGCAGUGAUUGUGAAGGAUGUCCAAUGCAGUGCAGUGAUUGUGAAGAAUGUCCAAUGCGUUGCAGUGAUUGUGAAGGAUGUCCAAUGUGAUGCAGUGAUUGUGAGUGAGUGCACCUACAGCAGCAUCCUGGAAACUAUUGAGAGCAGGGAAUAGUCAUUAAUCAUGCUAUUGACCCCCAUGAUGGGGAAGAAGACGACAAAGUAGCACACACACACACACACACACACACACACACACACACACACACACACACACACACACACACACACACACACACACACACACACACACACACGAAGGAUGUGGUUCCUUAGGUCCAAACCAGCUGGUUAACAACAUUGCCCCUUCCAGAGCUCAGCAGGAGAGCAGAGAACCAGAUGAUUUCCAUGCAAAGGGCUGCUAUAGAACACAAGGAGGAACAAUGGAUACAGAGGAAGUUGGCCUGCAACAGAGAGAUGUCAGGGAAGGAAAUAAUUGGUAUAUACUGUGGAAUCAAUAUUUAUGAACAUAUUUAUUUUUUUGUCAUUUAGCAGACACUCUUAUCCAGAGCGACUUACAGUUAGUGAUAGCAUUAUUUAUUUUUUUCAUACUGGGCCCCCGUGGGAAUUGAACCCACAACCCUGGCGUUGCAAGCGCCAUGCUCUACCAACUGAGCUACACGGGGCCAUGAUCAUCUAUAGAUCCUGUUCCAAGUAAAGGAAACAAUUAUAUAGUAUCUGUUUGGUAUGACGUAUUAGUGUUGUUGUUGUUGUUGUUGUUGUUGUUGUUGUGCGAGUAUGAAUUAUUACAGUCAGUAGUACUUAGCCUUUCUAUCAGUCAUGGGUCAAUGAAGUGACAUUCCAAGUAACGUUUUGUGAGUGGUCAUAGUCUCAGUCCUGGGUGAUCUCCAAGUCUUGUCCAUGAAGCUAGAUGCAGAAUACGCUUUGAAGCUAGAUGUAGAAGCCAUUACUGCGUCAGCCCCUUGGUGAAGAAGGGCUGCUUUUCCAAAUGGCACUCUAUUCCCUAUGGUCCCUGCUCGGUAGUGCACUGUAUAGGGAACUGGGGUGUCAUUGGGACGUAUCCAAGGUUAGACGCAGACAGCCAUGUGGAAACUCGGAGAGAGUACAGAACCAGAUCAGUACUAUAAUAGCUGACCAGUAGCCCAGAGUAAAUUAUGUGGUUCAGUGAAACACGUUCCCAUGAUGCCUUACCUUGCCUGAGACCUACCUGAAGACUUGUGUUAGCUACCUGAGCUCCAGCCUUUAGCUCAACGCGCUAACACAGCCUCAUGGUGUGACUGUGAGGGACACACAGGUUCAAACCCAGUUAGUCUACAGUAACUGGCUAUCUUUGUGCUGAGUCACAGAGCCUUGCAGUUACUGUAGAUAAGGAUAAGUAAGGCUGGCUCCUCUUUGGCCACGGCAGGACAGUGAGGUCACAGCUACAUUGCAUUACCAAGACAGAGGUUUAGGCUAUUCCUUUUUCCCAAAACACACUUUCCAGGCUGUGGCUUUUCUUUAUGCAGAGUCACACAGAGGCUUUGGAGUUAGAUAAGGACAAGCCUUUACAGCUGGUAGACCUCCUAUCACACUAAAUCAAACACAUCCCUGUCCUCUUCCUGGCGUGGCUCUGUCUGUCUGUGCUGGCUCUUCAAACACAUCCCUGUCCUCUUCCUGGCGUGGCUCUGUCUGUCUGUGCUGGCUCUUCAAACACAUCCCUGUCCUCUUCCUGGCGUGGCUCUGUCUGUCUGUGCUGGCUCUUCAAACACAUCCCUGUCCUCUUCCUGGCGUGGCUCUGUCUGUCUGUGCUGGCUCUUCAAACACAUCCCUGUCCUCUUCCUGGCGUGGCUCUGUCUGUCUGUCUGUGCUCUCCAAACACAUCCCUCUGUGUGUGACCGGUUCCAGGCAUACGCAAAAUAAGAGGUUGCUUGGGGCCUUAUCCUUAUCUACAGUAACUGCAAGGCUCUGUGACUCAGCAUAUAGAAAGCCAUGGCUAGGAUGUGUGUUUUGGGAAUAAGGAAUACAUCUCAGUCUUCUUGCCAUGUGGCUGGUGAGGUGGCAGAGACACAGUGGAGCUUAUAUGUGACCUCAUAGUUCAACGUACUCAGACAGUGUGGGGUGUGAUAGCCCAGCCUGUAGUGGUGACAGAGACACAGGGGAGCUUAUAUGUGACCUCAUAGUUCAACGAACUCAGACAGUGUGGGGGGUGUGAUAGCCCAGCCUGCAGUGGUGACAGAGACACAGGGGAGCUUAUAUGUGACCUCAUAGUUCAACGAACUCAGACAGUGUGGGGGGUGUGAUAGCCCAGCCUGCAGUGGUGACAGAGACACAGGGGAGGCCCAGUGUGACCUCGUAGUUCAACAUAUUCAAACAGUGUGGAAUUAAGCUGGUUGGACUCUAGACUGUAUUAAGCCAUUUGUGGUUAAGACUGGGGAGAAGACAGGAGCACAUUUCUUAACAGGUUAAAGACUGACAGGUGUCACUCAAGUGCUUAGUGACUUCAUGUCCAUCUGUCACAGCCAUAUAUAUUAUCUGAUUUGAGUUAUUUAGCAGACACUCUUAUUCCAGAGUGACUUACAGUAGUGCAUGCAUACAUUUUCACAUACUGGUCCCCCGUGGGAAUCAAACCCACAAUCCUGGAGUUGCAAGUGCCAUGCUCUACCAACUAAACUACACGGGAACACACACAGGCCCGAUUAAGACAGCGCAAUUUAACACUAUGGAAAAACACAGAGACAAAGGCUAUACAUUUACAGUAUUAACUUCUAUUUGUAAGGAAAUCUUAUUUUAGUAAUGCUUUAUUUCACAGCCCGAUUUAAGCUGGUACUUACCUGGUAUUAUCUAAGAAAUGGAUGGAAAUCUUCUCUCUCUCUUUCCUUCUCUUUCUCUUUCCUUCUCUCUCUCUUUCCUUCUCUCUCUCUUUCCUUCUCUCUCUCUUUCCUUCUCUCGUUCCUUCUCUCUCUUUCCUUCUCUCUUUCCUUCUCUCUCUCUUUCCUUCUCUCUCUUUCCUUCUCUCUCUCUUUCCUUCUCUCUUUCCUUCUCUCUCUCUCUCUUUCCUUCCUUCUCUCUCUCUUUCCUUCUCUCUCUCUUUCCUUCUCUCUUUCUUUCCAGGCUCCACACUGUUGUUCCUGCUGUCAUGUGACGCCCUGCUGAGUGAUGGGCCACACACCCUGCUGUCGCCCUCCCAGCCCUCCCAGCCCUCCCAGCCCUCCCAGCCCUCUCCUCUGUCCCUCACCAACCUGGACCAGGAUGUGGAGGAGCAGCCUGAGAUGAUGACAGGUACGUUAGAGAAGUGGACCAGAAACCAGAGGGUCGCUGGUUCAAAUCCUAUGCCCGACAGGGAAAUCUGGUGGGGCAUAGGCUAGCAUCAGUAUCCUAGAGCAAGGUAUUUUAUCCCCAAACUGCUCCAGGGAGUGUGACUUGGGGGUUUGGGGGCGAAAAGACAAAUGUCUGUGAACUGUAGGGAAAAUGUACAAUGGAGUAAAGUAUUAUUCUCUGUAGUUCCAGGCCCCACAGUACCAGGCCUAACCUCCCAGGGACAGGAGACGUCCUCAGGGUUCUUCAGUGAGGACAACAAGCCUCUCCAGUCCUCUGUUCAUCUCUGGGAUGAUAUCAGAGACCAAGUCAACAUCACUGGUCUGGACAGGAACUCCCUCAGAGGUACGUAGACUAUGUAUACGAAAGUGGUAUGUCCUUUCUGUCAGACAUCAGAGUUCCCCUGCUAUAUCUUAUCCACUCUUUCGUGCCAAGGACAGGAGAAGGACAGGGAAGACCUUUGAUAGCGUGACAUGGCAGCAGGUAAUGUGUCCCAAACAGCAGGACUGGACGCUCACCACCACACGCACUAUAGAAGUUAAUACGAUAUUGCUGAAAUUGGUAUAUUUAGGCCCAGAACUGUUUAUUGUGGUGGGCUGGGCACAGGCAGAGCACUGCAGAAUUAUUCUACAUUAUGUCUGCGCUGAGAGAAAGUCGAUUAUGAUUCCUUGCAUUACGCAGAAGAAGGAAUGGGGAUAUCAUUCACUGCCCAAACAGGCACGCGCACGCCACAGCGGCAGACCCUGGGUUCAAAUUAUAUUUGAAAUAAUUUAAAAUACUUUAUCUGUGCUUGACUGAGCUCACCUAUCUUAAUAGACAAAUGAAAUAGUCCCAAAACAGCAAACUCCGCCCAUCUGGCACUCCAGGCAGGCUAUAGCAAAGUAUUUUAAUGAUUUCAAUUAAUUUUUGAACCCAUGUCUGCACGGUGGUAGCAAACGGGAUUCCAUGCUGCAGAUACCGGGUGGAGUCGGCUUUCAGGCAGAAAGCACCACCAGCAGUUUAGUCUCUGUAGCCCCUGUUGUUAUUUAGCCUAGCUUAGCCUGGUGGUUCAGUCUAUGUGCUGUCUGUAGGAGUUGGCAAGACAGCACAAACAGAUCUGGGACCAGGCUAUGGUAGUCAAGUCUGUUUGUGCUGUAGCUAGCUCCUCUCUGUCUGCGUUUGUUCAACGUCAUGACAAACAUCAACGGCUCUUGACAGAGACAGAGAAGUUACAGCACCUACAGUACAACACAGCAGCAGGCUAAAUGUGAUGCCAGUUGCCUUUUUAGCAUUAGCUCAGUCCUCCUCUCUUUCUUAGCAAUAAAGACUCUCUUCAACCCACUGAACCCAGAGAUCACUGAACGGAUGACACCAAAGAAUCCAUGUGGGACAUGCUGUCACUCUCAUCUUUUUAGUCCAGGACUAUAGGUUUAAUCUGUGUCCGGGAAACCGGUUCUAUGUGUACGUCAUGUUUCAGUGUGACUGACUGUAGUAAUGGGGGGGGGGGGCAGCCUACUGUAAAUCAAGCAACACUAGGGAUUGACAGUCUGUCUGUGUUGUGGAUAAUUCAUCUGUCCCAGUCACACUGACACACGUCACAACACAGACUUCAGGAGCAUUCCUGAGUUAAUUAAUAAUAAUUGAUAGGUUAUUACAGUGUGUACUAGUAAAUACCUGGUCAUCUCUGUACUGUAAAAAUCAAGUAUUACCAUUUUCUCUUGUUCGUCUCAGGUUACAGUCAGACCCUCUCCCAGUCCUCCACCUCUGCUAUGGAGGAACCCAGACAGGGGAACCACACCUCUCCCUUCACGGAUGCGGCGGAGAACGUGGAGCGGUUGGAGCGAGAGUCCAGCGGGGAGAUGGAGAGAGAGUCCAGCGGCCUCCCCCUGGAGCCUGGCUACGACCAGAGCCAGACCCUGCCUGCCACCACCACCACCACCCCUGCUGCUGACCCUCUGGCUCCUGUAGACUCAACCACCUUAGACCCACAAUAUGUCCCAGUGCACGGGGGUUCAGAAUCAACUCCUGAAGACACAUUGGAGGUAGAGGUAGCAGAGGAGGAGGAGGAGGAGGAGGAGGAGAGGGAGAGUCCCAGCCCUGAGGCUGACGCCUCCACCUCCAGACCAACCCUCCCAGAGGUGGGUGUCUUCCCCAGCCAUGGGCCUCUCCAGCCGGACAACACCCAUACAGAAAACCAGGAGGAGGGGGUGGAGGGAGAGGAAGAGGAGGCGGUGGUCCUUGGAGGACCUAAGAGUGACUCAGGAAGAGGGGGGAGAGGAGGAGAGAUCUCUCCCCUGACCACAGUCCCCUUGGCAUCUCUGGCGCCCAAGGUCGACUUCACGGAGGACUCCUGGGACCGUCUGGAGGACGAGGAGGUGUUUGCUGGGAAGGAGAUCCAGGAGGAAGAGAGGCAGGAGAGGAGGCAGGAGGAGGAGGAGCAAGAGGUCAGGCACGGAGGAACAGAGCUGUUAACAGAGGCAGAUCUCCUCCACGGUGCACACUUCUCACAGGAGAUACAGCAGGUUCAGUAGUAUGUCUAAUCUCUACUGUAGUGGAGGUGGUUCAGUAGUAUGUCUAAUCUAUAAUGUAGUGGAGAUGGUUCAGUAGUAUGUCUAAUCUCUAAUGUAGUGGAGGUGGUUCAGUAGUAUGUCUAAUCUCUACUGUAGUGGAGGUGGUUCAGUAGUAUGUCUAAUCUAUAAUGUAGUGGAGAUGGUUCAGUAGUAUGUCUAAUCUCUAAUGUAGUGGAGAUGGUUCAGUAGUAUGUCUAAUCUCUAAUGUAGUGGAGGUGGUUCAGUAGUAUGUCUAAUCUCUAAUGUAGUGGAGGUGGUUCAGUAGUAUGCUAAUCUCUACUGUAGUGGAGGUGGUUCAGUAGUAUGUCUAAUCUCUAAUGUAGUGGAGGUGGUUCAGUAGUAUGUCUAAUCUCUACUGUAGUGGAGGUGGUUCAGUAGUAUGUCUAAUCUCUACUGUAGUGGAGGUGGUUCAGUAGUAUGUCUAAUCUCUAAUGUAGUGGAGGUGGUUCAGUAGUAUGUCUAAUCUCUAAUGUAGUGGAGGUGGUUCAGUAGUAUGCUAAUCUCUAAUGUAGUGGAGGUGGUUCAGUAGUAUGCUAAUCUCUACUGUAGUGGAGGUGGUUCAGUAGUAUGCUAAUCUCUAAUGUAGUGGAGGUGGUUCAGUAGUAUGCUAAUCUCUACUGUAGUGGAGGUGGUUCAGUAGUAUGCUAAUCUCUACUGUAGUGGAGGUGGUUCAGUAGUAUGCUAAUCUCUAAUGUAGUGGAGGUGGUUCAGUAGUAUGCUAAUCUCUACUGUAGUGGAGGUGGUUCAGUAGUAUGUCUAAUCUCUAAUGUAGUGGAGGUGGUUCAGUAGUAUGUCUAAUCUCUACUGUAGUGGAGGUGGUUCAGUAGUAUGUCUAAUCUCUACUGUAGUGGAGGUGGUUCAGUAGUAUGCUAAUCUCUACUGUAGUGGAGGUGGUUCAGUAGUAUGCUAAUCUCUAAUGUAGUGGAGGUGGUUCAGUAGUAUGUUUAAUCUCUAAUGUAGUAGAGGUGGUUCAGUAGUAUGUCUAAUCUCUAAUGUAGUGGAGGUGGUUCAGUAGUAUGUCUAAUCUCUAAUGUAGUGGAGGUGGUUCAGUAUUAUGUCUAAUCUCUACUGUAGUGGAGGUGGUUCAGUAGUAUGCUAAUCUCUAAUGUAGUGAAGGUGGUUCAGUAGUAUGUCUAAUCUCUAAUGUAGUGGAGGUGGUUCAGUAGUAUGUCUAAUCUCUAAUGUAGUGGAGGUGGUUCAGUAGUAUGCUAGUCUCUAAUGUAGUGGAGGUGGUUCAGUAGUAUGUUUAAUCUCUACUGUAGUGGAGGUGGUUCAGUAGUAUGUUUAAUCUCUACUGUAGUGGAGGUGGUUCAGUAGUAUGUCUAGUGGAGGUGGUUCAGUAAACUAUGAUCAUAUGAGGAGUAGCCUUGCCAGGAGACUCUGGUUUGAACCCAAUCGGUUUUACUAUGGAACUGUGUAUCACACCAUAUAUUUUCAAAUCAAAUCAUAUCAAGUUUUAUUUGCCACAUGCGCCGAAUACAACAGGUGUAGACAUUACAGUGAAAUGCUUACUUACAAGCCCUUAACCAACAAUGCAGUUUUUUAAAGAAAAAAGUCAAAUAAAAAAGUGUCAAGUAAAAAAAUAAAAGCAAAGCAGUAAAAUAAAAUAACAGUAGGGAGGCUAUAUAUACAGGGGGGUGCCGGUACAGAGUCAAUGUGCGGGGGCACCGGCUAGUUGAGGUAAUUGAGGUAAUAUGUACAUGUGGGUAGAGUUAAAGUGACUAUGCAUAAAUAAUAAACAGAAUAGCAGCAGCGUAAAAAGAUGGGGUGGGGGGCAGUGCAUAUAGUCCGGGUAGCCAUGAUUAGCUGUUCAGGAAUCUUAUGGCUUGGGGGUAGAAGCUGUUGAGAAGCCUUUUGGACCUAGACUUCGUGCUCUGGUACCGCUUGCCAUGCGGUAGCAGAGAGAACAGUUUAUGACUAGGGUGGCUGGAGUCUUUGACAAUUUAUAGGGCCUUCCUCUGACACCACCUGGUAUAGAGGUCCUGGAUGGCAGGAAGCUUGACCACAGUGAUGUACUGGGCCGUACGCACUACCCUCUGUAGUGCCUUGCGGUUGGAGGCCGAGCAGUUGCCAUUCCAGGCGGUGAUGCAACCUGUCAGGAUGCUCUCGAUGGUGCAGCUGUAUAACUUUUUGAGGAUCUGAGGACCCAUGCCAAAUCUUUUCAGUUUCCUGAGGGGGAAUAGGCUUUGUCGUGCCCUCUUCACGACUGUCUUGGUGUGUUUGGACCAUGAUAGUUUGUUGGUGAUGUGGACACCAAGGAACUUGAAGCUCUCAACCUGCUCCACUACAGCCCCGUCGAUGAGAAUGGGGGUGUGCUCAUUCCUCUUUUUUUCCCUGUAGUCCACAAUCAUCUCCUUUGUCUUGAUCACGUUGAGGGAGAGGUUGUUAUCCUGGCACCACAUGGCCAGGUCUCUGACCUCCUCCCUAUAGGCUGUCUCAUCGUUGUCGGUGAUCAGGCCUACCACUGUUGUGUCGUCGGCAAACUUAAUGAUGGUGUUGGAGUUGUGCCUGGCCAUGCAGUCAUGGGUGAACAGGGAGUACAGGAGGGGGCUGAGCAUGCACCCCUGAGGGGCCCCCGUGUUGAGGAUCAGCGUGGCAGAUGUGUUGUUACCUACCCUUACCACCUGGGGACGGCCCGUCAGGAAGUCCAGGAUCCAGUUGCAGAGGGAGGUGUUUAGUCCCAGGAUCCUUAGCUUAGUGAUGAGCUUUGAGGGCACUAUGGUGUUGAAAGCUGAGCUGUAGUCAAUGAAUAGCAUUGUGAAUGUUGACCUGCUUAAAAAUCUUACUCACAUCGUCUACAGAGAGCGUGAUCGCAUAGUCAUCCGGAACAGCUGAUGCUCUCAUGCAUGCUUCAGUGUUGCUUCCCUUGAAGUGAGCAUAGAAGUAAUUUAGCUCGUCUGGUAGGCUUGUGUCACUGGGCAGCUCGCGGCUGUGCUUCCCUUUGUAGUCUGUAAUAGUUUUCAAGCCCUGCCACAUCCGACGAGCGUCAGAGUCCUGUAUUGACUCUUUGCCUGUUUGAUGGUUCGUCGGAGGGCAUAGCGGGAUUUCUUAUAAGCGUCCGGGUUAGAGUCCCGCUCCUUGAAAGCGGCAGCUCUACCCUUUAGCUCAGUGCGGAUGUUGCCUGUAAUCCAUGGCUUCUGGUUGGGGUAUGUACGUAAGGUCACUGUGGGGACGACGUCAUCGAUGCACUUAUUGAUGAAGCCAGUGACUGAUGUGGUGUACUCCUCAAUGCUAUCUGAAGAAUCCCGGAACAUAUUCCAGUCUGUGCUAGCAAAACAGUCCUGUAGCUUAGCAUCUGCGUCAUCUGACCACUUUUUUAUUUGCCGAGUCACUGGUGCUUCCUGCUUUAGUUAUUGCUUAUAAGCAGGAAUCAGGGGGAUAGAAUUAUGGUCAGAUUUGCCAAAUGGAGGGAGAGGGAGAGCUUUGUACGUGUCUCUGUGUGUGGAGUAAAGGUGGUCUAGAGUUUUUUCCUCUGGUUGCACAUUUAACAUGCUGGUAGAAAUUACAGUGAGGGAAAAAAGUAUUUGAUCCCCUGCUGAUUUUGUACGUUUGCCCACUGACAAAUAAAUGAUCAGUCUAUAAUUUUAAUGGUAGGUUUAUUUGAACAGUGAGAGACAGAAUAACAACAAAAUAAUCCAGAAAAACGCAUGUCAAAAAUGUUAUAAAUUGAUUUGCAUUUUAAUGAGGGAAAUAAGUAUUUGACCCCCUCUCAAUCAGAAAGAUUUCUGGCUCACAGGUGUCUUUUAUACAGGUAAUGAGCUGAGAUUAGGAGCACACUCUCAAAGGGAGUGCUCCUAAUCUCAGUUUGUUACCUGUAUAAAAGACACCUGUCCACAGAAGCAAUCAAUCAAUCAGAUUCUAAACUCUCCACCAUGGCCAAGACCAAAGAGCUCUCCAAGGAUGUCAGGGACAAGAUUGUAGACCUACACAAGGCUGGAAUGGGCUACAAGACCAUCGCCAAGCAGCUUGGUGAGAAGGUGACAACAGUUGGUGCGAUUAUUCGCAAAUGGAAGAAACACAAAAGAACUGUCAAUCUCCCUCGGCCUGGGGCUCCAUGCAAGAUCUCACCUCGUGGAGUUGCAAUGAUCAUGAGAACGGUGAGGAAUCAGCCCAGAACUACACGGGAGGAUCUUGUCAAUGAUCUCAAGGCAGCUGGGACCAUAGUCACCAAGAAAACAAUUGGUAACACACUACGCCAUGAAGGACUGAAAUCCUGCAGCCCCCGCAAGGUCCCCCUGCUCAAGAAAGUACAUAUACAGGGCUGUCUGAAGUUUGCCAAUGAACAUCUGAAUGAUUCAGAGGAGAACUGGGUGAAAGUGUUGUGGUCAGAUGAGACCUAAAUCAAGCUCUUUGGCAUCAAACCUCUGUGAUUGCCAACAAGGGUUUUGCCACCAAGUACUAAGUCAUGUUUUGCAGAGGGGUCAAAUACUUAUUUCCCUCAUUAAAAUGCAAAUCAAUUUAUAACAUUUUUUACAUGCGUUUUUCUGGAUCUUUUUUUUGUUAUUCUGUCUCUCGCUGUUCAAAUAAACCUACCAUUUAAAAUUAUAGACUGAUCAUGUCUUUGUCAGUGGGCAAACGUACAAAAUCAGCAGGGGAUCAAAUACUUUCUUCCCUCACUGUAGGUAGAACAUGAUUUAAGUUUCCCUGCAUUCAAGUCCCCGGCCGCUAAGAGCGCUGCCUCUGGAUGAGCGUUUACCAGUUUACUUACGGCCUUAUAAAGCUCAUUGAGUGCGGUCUUAGUGCCAGCAUCGGUUUGUGGUGGUAGAUAAGAGAGCUACGAAAAAUAUAUUAAUGAAAGGUUGUGAUUGGUUUGAAUGCCUCUUAUUAACUCCCUAUAACCUCCUCUCUUAAUGUAACCACCAGGUGAUCUGUGUGGACUGGAGCGAUCUGGCUGGGAAGGGUUACGUCAUCCUCGACAUGUCAGACAACGUUGACUGUGUGAGUACCACAACGUGACUAACUACAUCAACAAAUAUAUUUUUUAGGACCAUAAUAUUGCAGCAAUGUAUUGCUGAUGUUUCUCAGAAUCAUUAGUUAGGGAAUAGUUCUGAUUUCAUAAAUCUAUAAUUGAAUCAAUAUGGCACGAUGGGAUGCCAUUAGAUGGUAGCCUGGUUAAACCAGCCUGAACACUAGUGAAACUAUAGUGAGUGUAGCGUUCAGUCUGUUUUAACCAGGCAACAGAUCCAGACAACUCCAUUGUUCUCCUUCACUGUGAGACAACCCAGAACCCAGGAGCCCUUUCUGUCCUCUGAUAGUCGGUCCUUAAUCGCAACAUCCUCCUCACCCCACUCCUUGGUUGUCAUGCCAACCGCUGCAGAGUCAUCACAGUUACCCAGCAGGGAGGAAGACAGAAACCAUCCGAUCCACAGAACAACACGUUUUGGAAACAGCAGCUCCUACAAAGGAGCGUGAUUCGUUCAACAACAUACUCGGCAGGCAGAUAGAACACUGAUUUAUUCAAAGUUGCAUGCAAUGACAACAACAGACAGCAUGAGUCAUCACCACCCAACCUUCUCUUUUUUCCACAGAAUACCAUUUUUAUGUUAAACAGUUGCAUAUUUGUCUGUCUGUUUGUUUGUAUACUCUAUCCUCAGGCCCCAGAUCUGUUUUUUUGUUUCAGCUAGCUCCUCUGUGUCAUACAACUAACUACAUAGGAGUUGGCUAAAGCACAAACCAAAACGAUCUGACAACAACCAGGCUACCCUGGUGCCCGUUAUUUUUUCACUGUGACCUCUGACCUCUCCUGUUGUUAUGUUCAGGAUGAGUUCCGUGUGGAGGGUGGAGACCGGCUCUUGGAGCUGCUAGAGACAGCCUUCUCUAGGAAGAUGAACAGUCCUCAGGGCUCCUGGCUCAUCUCUCUCUCUAAACCCACCAGACAGGACCACCAGCUGCUCAUCACACUGGCCAGCGAACACGGUACCAGAUACAUCAGAGAGCUGGGGCCCACUUUCUCACUUCAGUCAAGCUCUCAAACCUGGGUUUCAUAGAGAUACUGUCAAAUGUGGAAUGUGUGAUCCUGAGCCGAACUUGGUCAAAUGAUAUGAAGAUGUACAUGUAGAUGUCCCCCAACACUGUAUUCUCAAGGGGUUGCUCACUUGUGUGCUAUUUAGUAACAUUUUUGUGUGAUUUCUGACUGUCUUUUAGGAGUUAUUGCCACCAAGGACAUGCUGUCAAUGUUAGGAGAAAUCAGGAGAGGUCUACACGAGGUAAGAUACUUCUGUUCCUGACUCUAUGUAAGGUUGUAAUUGGUCGGCCUGGUCUCAGUCCGUCGUGUAAACGGACUAAAAGCUAACUAAUAUAGCACAUCUGGGACCAGGCUAGUAAUUCAUCUGUCUGAAUGAAACUGAACUGUUCCGUGUGUCUGGUUCUGGUUCCAGAUCGGUAUCCGGAACUACAGCAGCGUUAGCACCUGUCACUCCAGACCCAGUCAGACGCGUAGUGACUACGGGAAGCUGUUCGUGGUCCUGGUGAUCAUAGGUUCUGUCUGUGUGGUCAUCAUCGCCUCUGGUCUCAUCUAUAUCUGCUGGCAGAGACGCCUGCGUAUGAUGAAGACUAGGGUAAGUGUAGAUUUACUAUUGGUGCUGCAAAGCACUUUGUGACAAUGUUGUCGUGAAAAGGGCUAAACUAAUAACAUUGGAUUGAUUGAUCCAUUGAUUGUAUUAUUUGAUAAAUGGGAUUGAUUAAUCGAUUGAUUGAUCAAUAGCUUUAUGACUGUAAGGAUGAAUUAUUCUACAUUUCUGAUGGUGUUUAUAGUGGUUGUUACUCUUUCCACGCUCAAUUAUUUCAAACUUUGUGGUUUGAUUAUGUAAAAACUGUUCCUCUUUCCUCUCCUGUCCCUCCCAAGACUCGAGGCGAGGAAUUCAAUUUUGUGGAGAACGGCUGCCAUGACAACCCUACCCUGGACAUGACGAGUGAUGGGGGGCAGCCGGAGAUGCAGGAGAAGAAACAUCACCACACCAACGGACUGACGGCUGGGUCUGGGGGGGAGGGAGGGAGCAGUGGCUGGCAGGUCAACAAACCUAGAGGGAAGGAAGAGGACACACACCUUUAGUAGAGAGAAGAAGAGUGGAGGAGGGAAAAAGGUAGCCUGGAUCCAGAUCUGUUUGUGCUGUCUUGCCAACUUCUAUGGUCACUGUCACAUUUGGCGUGGCAAGACAGCACAAACAGAUCUGGGAGUCGGACUAGGCUAGAAAGAGAACUGACGAUGAAGAAGCAAAACAUCAGUGUUGUGAAACUUGUGAAUGCAUCGGCAAAAAUAUAAACGCAACAUGUAAAGUGUUGGUCCCAUGUUUCAUGUGCUGAAAUAUAAGAUCCCAGAAAUGUUCCAUAUGCACAAGAAGCUUAUGUCUUUCAAAUGUUGUGCACAAAUUUGUUGACAUCCCUGUUAGUGAGAAUUUCUCCUUUGCCAAGAUAAUCCAUACACCUGACAGGUGUGGCAUAUCAAAAAGCUGAUUAAACAGCAUGAUCAUUACACCAGUGCACCUUGUGCUGGGGACAAUAAAAGGCCACUCUAAAAUGUUUUGUCACACAACACAAUGCCACAUAUGUCUCAAGUUUUGAGGGAGCAUGCAAUUGGCAUGCUGACUGCAGGAAUGUCCACCAGAGCUGUUGCCAGAGAAUUCUAUAUUAAUUUCCCUACCAUAAGCCGCCUCCAACGUCGUUUUGGAGAAUUUGGCAGAACGUCCAACCGGCCUCACAACCGCAGACCAUGUGCAACCACGCCAGCCCAGGACCUCCACAACCGGCUUCUUCACCUGCGGGAUCAUCUGAGACCAGCCACCCAGACAGCUGAUGAAACUGAGGAGUAUUUCUGUCUGUAAUAAAGUCCUUUUGUGGGGAAAAACUAAUUCUUAUUGGAUGGGCCUUGCUCCCCAGUGGGUGGGCCUUGCUCCCCAGUGGGUGGGCCUGGAAGAAUAAAUAAAAUUGACUGAUUUCCCUAUAUGAACUGUAACUCAGUAAAAUCGUUGAAAUUGUUGCAUGUGGCGUUUAUAUUUUUGUUCAGUAUAGUAAUCAGAAGUCACUUAAACAACUUCUUUAAGCUACUUAGAUGUUUUAUCAGUUGACUAUGAUUAUAUGAAAUGAAAUGAUCUGCUUUCCUUUUUUUGUCAACUAAAGCAUGAUUCACAUUUAUAA